CCGAAAUUCGUUGCCCCCGUAGUAAAUGUGGAAAUUUACCUCACCACAAUAGGGCAGUUGUAACAAACCAUCUCUUGAGAUAUGGUUUCAUGGAUGCAUAUUCUGUGUGGUGGACACAUGGUGAAACUUUAAGUAACAAUAUUGAUCCAUGGUUUACCGCAAGUGAUGUGGCAUCCUCAAGUAAUAUUGAGGAACAUGGUAAUGCUGAGGAUGAUUUCCAUCACAUAAUUUAUGAUGCAUUCUGUCCAUCUGAGAAUGAUUGUCAUGGAAAUGAAACAGAGUUUGCAUCUGAAAAUGUUGGAGAUGUGCCAAAUAAUAAUGCACAAUCUUUUUAUGACUUGUUGCGUACUUCAACCAUCUCGCUUGGACCAGCAUCUAAUAACCAAACAUUGCUUGGUUGGUUAUCAUAUAUGCUGCACACCAAAACCAAAAACAACAUAAGUGGUGUUGGUUACAAUGAGAUCAUUCAUGGCUGUAGGAAAUUAUUAAGUCCGGAAGAUCAGCAAAAAGUACCAUCAAAUUUUUAUGAAGCAAAAAAAUUCAUGAAAAGCCUAGGUUUAGGCUAUGUCAAAAUUGAUGCAUGUGUCAACAACUGCUUUCUGUAUUAUGGUGAUGAGGCUAAGUCACUUACUGCUUAUCCAGUUUGUGGUAAACCUAGGUAUAAAAGACGCAACUCGGCUCAAACUAGAAAAAAGGAUAGGCCGAGGAAUUCUUUGUGGUAUCUACCCAUUAUUCCACGCCUACAGAGGCUGUACAUGUCUCGUAAAACCGCUGAGCAUAUGACAUGGCACCUUAAAUGUCGUGUGGACUCAGAGAUCCUCAUUCAUCCAGCUCAGUCUAAUGCUUGGAAACACUUUGAUGUUGUUCAUCCUUCAUUUGCAGCUGAUCCGCGAAAUGUCCGGGUUGAUCUUGCAACAGACGGGUUUAACCCAUGGGGUCACUCUUCGAGGUCAUAUUCCUGUUGGCUUGUUUUUAUUGUUGUUUACAAUCUUCCUCCUGAGAUGUGCAUGCGACCUGAAUUUACAUUCCUGACACUUGUUAUUUCUGGGCCAAAGAGUCCAAGAAAAAACAUUGAUGUUUUCCUCUGUCCACUUAUUGAUGACCUGAAACGGUUAUGGUCGUCAGGGGUAGAAACAUUUGAUAGCUUCCAUAAACAGAACUUCACAAUGCGAGCCGUGCUUAUGUGGACCAUAACGGAUUUCCCCGGCUAUGGUAUGGUUUCUGGAUGGAGCACGCAUGGCCGUCUGUCUUGUCCAUAUUGCAUGGAAAUGACUCGUGCUUUUUACUUGCAAAAUGGUCACAAGAUCUCAUUCUUUGAUUGUCAUCGACAGUUUCUUCCUGCAUCACACUCGUACAGAAUGAAUACAACUCAUUUCCUUAAGGGCCGCUUUGAAUUUGGCCACCUCAUCCACGAUUAGAUGGUCAUUCUGUUUGACUUCGAGUUGCCGCACUACCUGAUGUUUUAUUUGGAAAUCCAUCAGUAAAAUGGACUUACCAUUGUAUUGUGAUAGGGAAGAACUACCAUUGUACUGUGAUAGGGAGGAACUACACUUGUACUAUGACCGUUCUGGGUCGCUUUGCAAGCCAAAUGUAAGUUAUACACUUAACACGGAUAAAAAAAGAUGUCUAUG